GAUACUCCGUACUACAUAUUCUAUCACGUUCCCUCUGUAGUCGUCACUGCAAUUCUGUCCGUGUUAAUCUCUAGAUUACUAGAUCCCCCCUUCGCUCUUUAAUUAUUGUUGUAUUGCUCUCCUCGAGAUACUUUUGACCCCCAGCACGAGACCAAUUUCCAUCUCCCCAAAUUGGAGGCCAACACGAGCCAGGAUGAUCUCAUCCUACCUCAACCCUAUUCCAUCUCUACCCAAACCACUGGGACCGCACAAAGUCGGUACGGUAGAAUGGGAGAUCCCAGUAUCUGAGAUCCCCUCCUCCUCACCUACACCAGACUCAAAAAUCUCGACCAUUAAAUUCCGUAUUUUCUAUCCCACCACACAAUCAGCUUCCUCCGAGGUCUCGGUACCUUGGCUUCCACAUCCACAACGAACCUGGCAGCAAGCAUAUGCCAGCUUCCUGGGAGCUAAACCACGUGUUUCAUCCCUUCUCUCUUACCUGCCAUUCACUAUCAAUUACACGAAUCUUCCCGUCGUGGCAGAGGCGCCUUUACUGCCGAGAGACAAGUCCACGAAGUACCCACUAGCGAUCUUCUCUCAUGGACUAGGUGGCAACUUCAACACCUACAGUUCAAUAUGUACGUCUCUAGCCAGCUUUGGCAUCGUAUGCGUUGCACCAGAACAUCGAGAUGGAAGCGCUCCAAUCUCUCUCAUACGCUCAGCGGAUGGGUCGACCACUUCAAUCCCAUAUCAGAAGCACGCCCAUUCCCCAACGGCUGAAGUCCUGAACUCCCGCAACGCCCAGCUCCGUAUCCGGCUAUGGGAGCUUGACCAACUCUACACUGCAAUAACGAGCUUGAAUGCAGGAGACAGCUUCACCAACUACGCCAGUCCAGAGAAGAGCAAAGCAAGCGAGCAACCUGCUCUCAAGGACACACUUGAUCUCCAGCCGGGGCGCGUUACGUGGGUGGGUCACUCCUUCGGCGCCGCGACCGUUGUUCAAUUCGUCAAAUCAGUCUACUACCAGGAAUCCCUACCCUCGUUAAAGGGGACCCCGUAUGAGAAUGACCUCGAUUGGCGACCUCUUUACAAGCCGGCUUCAAACAGUGAUCUAAUCCGACAGAUCACCCCGGACUCACCAGUUGGCUUGCUCGAUCUGUGGACGAUGCCUCUCCGUGGCGAGCUGACGCAAUGGCUCUGGGAGCGACCGUUGCCUUGCUACGAAGGCAAACGACCUGAAAAUGGUGACAGUACCACCACCAACGUCGUUGCCAUUGUGACGGCAGAGUUUUACAAAUACACGGAUUUGUUGAACCGAAUGAAGGCAGCACUUUCAGCCGACCCCGUUGAAGCGAUGGAGGCUUUUGAGCGACAAAGACCGAGGUCCAACCCCACAAUCGACGAUGCAACGCUUGCCACGCCUCCGAACAAAGCCGCGUUCGAACCGGAGCUGGAAACAGAAGCAGCGUUGAACCAAGAUGCAGAGGGAAGUAAUGAUGGAGCAUCAGAUAUCGACGAGCUCACGCCUUUGUCAUCAGCAUCACAGUCUCCUGCACUGAGCCGAACUUCUUCUCCUAGUCCUAGCAGAACUUCGGAGCACAGUGCCUCCACAUCAAUGACCUCUUUUGCGCCAUCCUUCGAGGCAGCAGACAGUAUAGCGCCAAAGCUCUUCCUCAUUCCAGACAGUGCCCAUCUUUCGCAGUCUGAUUUUGGCGUCCUCUUUCCCAACUUAACGCGGUAUUUGAUGAAGGCGCAAGAGCCAGUGGAGACGAUCAAUCUGAACGUUCGAGCGGUCUUGGCUGCGAUGAGAGGCGUGGGAUUGGAGAUUGAAGCCUAUCGUACCGGAGAGGACAGCGAGGCUAAAAUCGACACUAUCUUGACGGACCGGUGUACGGAGAAGAGGUUCGUCCCUGUUUCACUUCAGCAUGAUCAGCAACAGGCGCGUUAGGAGUACAAAUUUCGACAGAGUAUCUGAGUUGAGAGAUGAGGGCUCGAGCAGUCACAUGCAACGAGACGACUUGUUUCCGGCUCAGGAUGGUAUCACGGCGAACAUGAAGACCACGGCGCAGCAUCGCAGUUGGGAAAAAGAGGGCAUCUCAACAUUUAGCGUGAUGGUGCAUGAUUUAGCAGUGAUUCAGCGCAAUGCGGGCUUUCGCAUGUCAUGUCAUGUUGGUUGGAUUGAGCAUGGUGUGCUUGGGCGCACCGGGUCGUUGGAGUCAGGAAAGGCAUCCCAGCUACGGCGGGCCUCUUGAGCGUUCGAGCAUUUGAUUUCCAAUGUGGAUAGGCACACUCAAGCAUAAGGUAGCGCGAAUGUACAAUGGAAGACAACUUCUAUUACCUCGAACAUGC